AUUGAUGCUGAUAGGACUUUAGCGGGUACAUUUUCGAUCUCAAGUCGACAGCACAGCCAAGUUGACGAGCAUUGUUUUGGUAAACAGAAAGUCUGCCGGAUUAAAAAAACAAGAUUUUAUUGACUAUCUCGGAUUUGUUAACGUAAUUAAUUAUGUAAUUAAAAAACAGCAUGUGGACUUUUCUUCUAGUUCGUUAUUUUCUUACUUAGCAAAGUCCCAGCAGCUAACUAGCUGCCUAAUGCUAAGGCUAGCUAACCCGAACACAGUAUUUUAAUGAUGCAUCGUGGCGGAGCUUUAUCCUCCUUUGUUGUCACCUCAAACAGCUCAUAAACAAGAGGUCGGUAUGUAAACGACCAACAUUUUGGAUGGCGGUGGCUCCCGCCUCGAUGGCAGAUAAGAUCAUAGUCCUUGAUGAUGAUGAAGAGGAGAGUCCUCAACCUUCCUGCGCUGCCGCCACCUCGCCCUCUGAGCAUCAAGCCGAAAAUGUCUCACCACUCAAAGCUCAGCAGCUGGCCCCCACCCACAUCGCCCAGUCACCUUUUGCCUCAGCAAAAAAGCACAGCCAUGUUCUGCAGGCAGAGAAUGAGAGGUUGUUCACUGAGUUUGUGGAGCAUUGCUCGGCUCUCACCCAAGACUGCCCCGAGGUCUUAACCUUCCUCCAAACCAGGCAUGCCAAGUCCUCCCCGGACUUUCUGUCAUCCGUGGAGUUCAGGAACACCUUGGGACGAUGUCUGACUCGCGCUCAGGCCAACCGCUCUAAAACAUUUGUCUACAUCAAUGAACUGUGCACUGUACUCAAGCAGCAUGCCGCCAAGAAGAGGCAGAUCCUCGCCAAGGUUGAGCCUGGGUCUUCUACCUCAACAUCAAGUACUCUCCAAUCUACCUCUGUUAUGCUCAAAAGUAAAGACAAAACUAAAGGUAAGGUGGAUGAGGAAGAGGAGGGAAGGAAACCGGCAGCAGCAGAUGAGCAACCUUCCACCUCUGGGCUGCAGGAGGACAGGGAGAACAAUAAAGAGGAGGAACAAGAAGCGGAGAAAAAGGCAAAGAGGGCAUCCAGGAAACAGAUAGCGUACCUGGAGAACCUGCUGAAGGUGUACAAUGACGAGAUCUGCCGUCUGCAGCAGACUGAGCUCAGUUUAGACGACAUGGGAGCUGAGGACUCUUUAUACAUCCAGGAGCACAAGCUCAAACGCAAGAUGAUGAAAAUUUACGAUAAGCUGUGCGAACUGAAGGGCUGCAGCGUACUAACAGGCCGAGUCAUUGAGCAGAGGAUCACCUACACUAACACUCGUUAUCCUGAGAUCAACAGACGGAUCGAGCGUUUCAUAAACAGUCCCGAGGCACAGAGGAACCCUCCGGAUUACCAAGACAUCCUCCAGCAGGUGUUGCGUGCCAACGAACGCCACAAUCUGUGCUUGAGCAGAAGACAGCUGAACCAGAUGGCCCAGGAAGCCUUCAGAGAGACCGGAAGCUGCAUGCAGGAGAGACGUCACCUGGACCUGGUGUACAACUUCGGCUCGCACCUCACCGACCACUACAAACCUGCCAUGGACCCGGCUCUGUCAGACCCCUCCCUACUGCGAAAGCUGCAGUUGAACAGAGAAGUGGCUCUGUCCCGCCUGGAGGAGGUCAUCACCAAGUACGCUAUCAAACAAGAGGACACAGAGGAGCAGGAGAGGAGCAAACGACUGGAGAAAGACAGCAAGGAGAAAGAGGGCAACAAACCUGAAAAAGGAGAAAGAACUAAAGAGGUGAAUGGCGUGGCAGAGGAGGAAGAAGAAAUGGAGGGGGAGGAGGAGGAGGAGGAUGACGACGAGGAAGAUGAAUCGUCGGAUCCAGACAUAGAGGAGGAGAUCCAGGCCAGCACUCAGCAGGAUGGACCAGACGAUGAUGAGAACGAGGAAGACAACGGUAACGAGGCGGAGCAAGCGGGAGACGACGCCAACAAGGAGGAUCAGACAGACGAGCUGUUGGGAAGCGUUAAAGAUGAGGAGGAAGAGCCGGCGACAAGUGGACUCAGUCCUCUCUCUGACGACAGCAAGUCCCAGAUCUCUCUUUCUGACAUCCCCUCCCCAAGAGACAGCACUAGCCAAUCAGAACCCAUGCAGACCGAUAACAAGAGGCCGUUGUCUAAUGGUAACCUCGCAGGAUCAGAGGAAACCGUGGAUUCCUCCGAUCAUGUUUCAGUCGUGCUGGUAAGCGCCAGCAAAGUCACUAAAGACCCUGCAGACGUUUCCCCGGUAGCAGCCAAUGGGGUGUCUCUGCCCCUGUCACCUGCAGUGAUCUUGGAUAAAUGUGACACUCAGACCACCAACGGCACGUCGCCGCCGCCGCCGCCGCAUAGCACCAGAGCUAUGAGGAGUCAGAAGAGGAAGAGGGAGGAAAUUACGUCAGAGAGCUCCCGAAAUACAAAGCACAUUAUCAUCCAAGACAGUGAGGCAGAUAUCCCUCUGGAUAUGGGCGUUUUUAGCUACAAUUCUCCGUGUCAGGCCGAGUCCACCCGAGCAGAGACGCCAACCCAGGACCUGGUCAGCAGCUCACAGUCGACGCCGCCUCCCAAGAGAAACAAGGUCAACGUGGCGACCCAGUGUGACCCAGACGAGAUCAUCGUCCUGUCAGACUCAGAAUGACCUUUCACCUUUGACCUCGCACUGUGCUGCAAGAUUCUUCCCCUUCCCGCCUGUAUUCUGGGACUGAAUUCCUGAAAGCUCCUUGUCUGUUGGCUCGUAAGAAGAGGAAAAAGCUGAAUAGUUGUGAAAGUGCUGAUAUAAAUACGAUCUAUGGAAGAUGGGGAAAACUAUAAAUUUAGUACCUCAUGUCCCUUGAUUACAUAUUACCAAAAAAAAAAACAAAAAAAAAAGCCAAUACAUGUGUUUUUGUAAAUGACAUAAAUAAAAUAAUUAUGACCUAACAUUUACAGGAAAGCCAAGGUAAACAGGAUGUGUGUGUUUUUUGGGAAAGACCAAAGUUCUGGGAGGCCCUCUUUCCGCUGCGUGCACCAGAGAUGAGCGUUUUCGUUUUCUCUGAGCAGAGUACCAUG